AUGGUAGCGGACAUAGAGAAGAUGUACCGGCAGGUGGAAAUUGUAGAAGAGCAGUGUGAUUUACAGCGAAUUAUGUGGCGUUCUGAUCCAAACCUGCCUCUAGAAGUCUACACAUUAAACACCGUAACAUACGGCACAGCUCCAGCUUCAUUCAUUGCUAUACGAUGCUUGCACCAACUCGCUUUAGAAAACAGUAAAAAGUACCCAGUAGCAUCACAAGUAAUAACUCGCGAUUUUUAUGUUGAUGACCUCAUCACUGGUACAGACACCAUUGAAAAUGCACAAAUUUUGAGGCAAAACAUCACCAACAUUUUAGAAAGUGGAUCCUUUCCUCUUCGGAAGUGGAAUACUAACAAACCGAACAUUUUCAACGAUAUUAACAACAUUUCAGAUCUACCAGAUCAUUAUCUAUCAACCGAUGACCAAUCAAAAGCUUUAGGGCUUGUCUGGAACUCUCAAUCAGACACGCUACAUAUCAGCACAGAUUCAAUACAAAUUGAAAAUAACAAUUUCACAAAACGCGGAAUACUCUCCGUAAUUGCUCAGUUAUUCGAUUCAUUGGGCUUGGUCGGUCCAGUAAUUGUUAAAGCCAAAGUUAUCAUGCAAAAACUUUGGCAGCACAAAGAAUUACCUAUUUUGGCUACAAUUAAAAUUCCUAGACAAAUAACAGUUCCCAAAGCCAAUGUUAUUGAAAUUCACACUUUCAGCGAUGCACCUACUAUCGCGUAUGGUGCGUGUUCAUACCUACGAACUGUAGAUAACUCCGGACAAUGCUCUGUACGUUUAAUUUGUGCUAAAUCAAGAGUAUUACCCUUAAAGGUUGUCACGUUGCCACGCUUGGAGCUAAACGCAGCUUUAUUAGCAACGAAUCUGACAGCUAAGCUCAUGGAGGCUUUUACUUGUCGUAUAUCUAACAUUUUUUAUUAUACUGAUUCGACCAUCGUUUUAUCGUGGUUAAAUACGGAACCCGCACUUUUAAAAACAUUUGUAGCAAACCGCGUAGCGGACAUGCAAAGAAAAUUCAAAAUCGAAAAUUGGCAACAUGUAAAAUCCGAACAAAACGCGGCUGACAUCAUCUCGAUGGGAUCACUACCCAGUCAGCUGCUGGAAUGCGACAUGUGGUGGAACGGGCCAUUCUUUCUAAGCAAUCAUAAUCAACCGGUAACGAAUAAUAAUUUUUUACCACUCAAUGAAUUACCAGAGGUAAAAAAUUCCGCGUUAACACACAAUGUAAUUAUAGCUGAUAGUACGAUAUUCGAGAGAUAUUCUAAUUUCGACAAAUUAAACAGAGUCAUAGCGUGGAUUUUACAAUUUAAAGGUAACACAUUACGUGCAAAACAUGAUAGAAUAUACGGUACAAAACUCACAGUGCACGAAUUAAAACUGACAAAACAAAGUAUUAUAAGGGCAACGCAAUCAGUGUAUUUUGCGGAAGAAAUAAAAUGUUUAAUUAAAAAUAAACUGCUAAACGCUCAUUUAAAAUUAUUAACUUUAAACCCAUUUAUGGCGGUUAGGGGGGAGAAUUGUCAAUUCAAACUUUUCAUUUGA